CGUCAGUGUGGCCGGGAGCCGGGUCCUCUCAGGUUCCCGGGCGGGAGUCCGGACGCGGAGCGGCCGCGCACCUGAGCCGGUCGGAGAGAAGCCGCGGCCCUGCAGCCAGUAAUAGGAGGAGGAGACAAAGCAGACAAAAGAAGCUAUGACUUCUGAUGCGAGUCAUGCACUGGAAGCUGCCCUGGAGCAGAUGGACGGGAUCAUUGCAGGCACUAAAACAGGUGCAGAUAUUACUGAUGGUACCUGUGAGCCUGGACUGUCUUCCCCGGCCUCCUACAUGAACCUCUUCCCAGUGAGCCAUCUCAUCGAGGAACUGAGGCUAGCCCUGGAGAUGCUGGAGCUUCCUCAGGAGAAAGCAGCCCUUCUGAGCCAGAUUCCUGGCCCUACAGCUGCCUACAUAAAGGAGUGGUUUGAGGAAAGCUUGGAAAAUCACCACAGUGCUGCUAGUAAUGAAACCUACCAGGAACGCUUGGCCCGUUUAGAAGGUGAUAAGGAGUCCCUCAUCUUACAGGUGAGUGUCCUCACAGACCAAGUAGAAGCCCAAGGAGAAAAGAUUCGGGACUUAGAAGUGUGUCUGGAAGGACACCAGGUGAAACUCAAUGCUGCUGAGGAAAUGCUUCAACAGGAGCUGCUAAGUCGUACAUCUCUUGAGACCCAGAAGCUUGAUCUAAUGACUGAAGUAUCUGAGUUGAAGCUGAAGUUAGUUGGCAUGGAGAAGGAGCAAAGAGAGCAAGAGGAAAAGCAGAGAAAAGCAGAGGAAUUACUGCAAGAGCUCAAACACCUCAAAAUCAAAGUAGAGGAGCUGGAAAAUGAACGGAAUCAGUAUGAAUGGAAGCUGAAGGCCACGAAGGCUGAGGUAGCCCAGCUGCAGGAGCAGGUAGCUCUGAAAGAUGCUGAAAUUGAGCGUCUGCACAGCCAGCUCUCCCGGACUUCAGGACUCCACAGUGACCACGGAGAAAGAGAUCAAGAAAUUCAACGUCUGAAAAUGGGAAUGGAAACUCUGCUUCUUGCCAAUGAAGAUAAGGACCGUCGGAUAGAGGAACUUACGGGGCUGCUGAACCAGUACCGAAGGGUAAAGGAGAUCAUAAUGGCAACUCAAGGGUCUUCGGAGAGAACUCUCUCAAUCAGUGAAGAACUGGAUGGAAGUUUCAGGAAAUGGAACACUACAAAUAAAGGCCCUGAAGAAUUACUUAAACAAGAGAUGCCUCCCAGGUGCAGCUCUCCUAUGGUGGGGCCACCUCCUUUGCCACAGAAAUCACUGGAGACCAGGGCUCAGAAGAAACUCUCCUGUAGUCUUGAAGACUUGAGAACUGAAUCUGUGGAUAAGCAUGUCGAUGGGAAACAGCUCUCACCGGUGGUGGAACCCAAGGUCAGCCCUUUCCAGGUAGAGCAGAAACACCCUACAUCACCUGGGAAGCUUUCAGGUGUCACACCCAAUGGAGAAGCUGCCAAAUCUACUCCCACCAACUCCCAGCCUGAUUCUGCAGGGAACAGCCUGCCAAGGCUAAGAGAAACAGAAAGUGGUUGGGAAGACACUGCCAUCAUUAAUGACCUUUCAUCCACCUCAUCUGGUACCGAGUCAAGCCCCCAGUCUCCCCUGAUGCCAGAUGGUAAACGGAGCCCCAAAGGCAUUAAGAAAUUCUGGGGAAAAAUCCGAAGAACUCAGUCCGGAAAUUUCAACACGGAUGCCCCAGGAAUGGCAGAGUUUCGACGAGGUGGGCUCCGGGCAACUGCAGGGCCAAGACUCUCUAGGACAAGAGACUCCAAGGGACAAAAAUGUGAUGCCAAUGCCCCCUUUGCCCAGUGGAGCACCGAGCGUGUUUGUGCAUGGCUGGAGGAUUUUGGUCUGGCUCAGUACGUGAUCUUUGCCAGGCAGUGGGUGACGUCUGGCCACACACUGCUGACAGCUACACCUCAGGACAUGGAAAAGGAGCUAGGAAUUAAGCACCCGCUCCACAGGAAGAAGCUUGUUUUAGCAGUGAAAGCCAUCAACACCAAGCAGGAGGAGAAGUCUGCGCUGCUGGACCACAUUUGGGUGACACGGUGGCUUGAUGAUAUUGGCUUACCCCAAUACAAAGACCAGUUUCAUGAAUCCAGGGUUGAUGGACGAAUGCUGCAAUACCUAACUGUGAAUGAUCUACUCUUCUUAAAGGUCACCAGCCAACUACAUCAUCUCAGCAUCAAAUGUGCCAUUCAUGUGCUUCAUGUCAAUAAGUUCAACCCCCACUGCCUGCAUCGGCGGCCUGCUGAUGAGAGUAACCUUUCUCCUUCAGAAGUGGUGCAGUGGUCCAACCACAGGGUGAUGGAGUGGUUGCGAUCAGUGGACCUGGCAGAGUAUGCACCCAACCUUCGAGGGAGUGGUGUCCAUGGAGGUCUCAUUAUCCUGGAACCACGCUUUACUGGAGACACUCUGGCUAUGCUUCUCAAUAUUCCACCUCAGAAGACACUGCUCAGGCGCCACCUAACCACCAAAUUCAACGCCUUGAUUGGUCCCGAGGCUGAACAGGAAAAGCGAGAUAAAAUGACCUCACCCUCUUACACACCACUGACUACUACAGCCAAAGUCCGGCCUAGGAAACUUGGAUUUUCACACUUUGGAAACAUGAGAAAAAAGAAGUUUGAUGAGUCCACAGACUACAUCUGCCCAAUGGAGCCUAGUGAUGCUGUCAGUGACAGUCACAGGCUCUACAGUGGCUACCGGAGCCUCAGCCCCCCGGACACCCCUGAACUGGAUGGGCUGGACCAGAUGGCACCUUCGGAAGUCACUGUGACGCAGAUAGGGCUCCUCUCCCAAGACAUUCACCGCCUUACGACUCUGCUGAGCCAGGACCAGCUGCUGAAUGACUCUCGCCUGGCUUCCCCCAACUCUGAUGACUGGAGAUGACAUUCUUCAAAGCCGAGAGCCCGGAGAGUCACGCGUGGGGCCCUGAGUCUUCCUCAAUGGGGAGCUGGCACCCAGCCAUCCACAGAGCCCAGAUGGGGCUAGCAGGGCGUCUGGGUGUGAACAAGAGCAAAGCAGAGCCAUGGGACAGGUGUCUUGGAGGUGGACCUAGACACACCACAGUGUUUUGAACCAGACUUCUCUUACUACAGCCUUUCUACCUUUUAUACUUUUAUACAUAGACUACGGAUCACUGUUGUGUAGAGGGGAAUGAGGUAUCCAUGCAGAGUGAAU